AGCAGCCGGAGCAGCCGUGAUAAUAACGACCUCCUUCAGUGUCAGUUGCUCUGCAGCCGUUGUCUAAAUUUAGCGACCAAGCGGGAGAGAAGACCUGGCCAAAACUAAGCAAGCGCACUCGUAAAUCAAGCAGCCGCAGAAGACCAAGAUGGACAUAGAAUCCGAUUCGGACACCUCGGAGAGAUGGGAGGACUUUUUUGGCAGCACCACAGAGUUGGCACCCUCGCUGCUGGGCAUCUACGACACUUUGGCAGCGGCUCCCACUGCGACAUCUCACGAAUCGAAGGCCUCCAGCAGCGGCGACUCGACGCCCAAGCGGAGCAACAGCAACUGCAGCAGCAGCAGCAACUCCUCGUCCUCCUCGAGUGGCAGCCGCUCGAGUGUCGCCACCAGCGAUGACCACUCCGCCAGCUACACGCUAGCCAGCUCCAGCACCCAGUUGGGCCACCAGGAGCCAGUUGCUCCGUUGGUGGUUGCGGGCCUGCGGGACGAACCGGAUGGCGCUCAGCUGAGCAGGUUGGUGGUGCAGCGGAGGAGCCAGGAGUCGCACAUCCACGGCAGCAGCAGCAGCCUCGCCUCGAACGGCAGCAGUCGACGGGGCAGCAACAUCCGCAUACUCUCUCCGAAUGUCCACAGGAUCAUCACGCACUCGGACAUCCAGCCCGUGGAGGCGGUGUCCGCGGAGGCACUGAAGCAGCACCAGCAGCAGCAGCAGCCAUCCCAAUCCCAGUCCCAGUCCCAAAGGAGUCCCACCCAGGGGCGGUACAUAAAGACCGGUAAUAGUGGGCCACCUCCUGUCGGUGGCUCCACGCCCAAGCACAAGCUGUCGCACAUACCGCUGUCCAAGAUCACCGGCAAGUUGUCCACCCAAUCCGGCAGCGAACUGGUCUCCACCUUCGACUCCAGCAACGAGUAUCUAAACUCGGUGGCCUUCGCCGCCUUCGAGAAGUCGAAACCCAUGGACGAGGAUCGCACACCGACGAACCAGUCCGUUCCAGGGACUCCCUUCCACUUCGAUGGGAAUCCUUUCCACAAGCGAAAGCUAACCCUGCCGCGGUACGAUUCGCAGCAGAGCAUCAAGCUGAUCGAGAUGGAACAGCUGGCGGCCACCAGUGCGCAACUGCAGCACGCCCAGCCGGCCACGCCAGGAACACCUGGCACGCCGACCACACCCAAGCCCAAGCCCACUUCCAAUCCGCCCAAGCCCAAGGAGUUUGUGUGCAGUGAACCUCUGAGUCCCGUCGACAUAGUGGACACCAUUAACUUUGACCUGGUCACGCAGCACAUGGAGAGACUUACACUGGCGGAUCCAGGGGGACUGGAUCCCAGGGCGGAGCUCAUAGAGGCGGUGAACAAGACGCUGGUCAGCAAGCCGCUGGUCAGGAGCUCCUCCGCCGCCUGUGCCUCCACCAUCUGCAGUUCCCCCCUGCUGACCUACGCCCGCACCAAGAGCCUGGGCGCCAAGGCCAGCACCCUGGGCGGUGGGGUGCCCCUCAAGCUGCCCACUGCCGAGCAGCUGGCCGCGUUGGAGGAGGCCAACAAGCUGUCGGCGGAGAGUCUGGACAGGCUCACCGACAUCAAGCCCAAGUUCGCCGCCCGGCUGAGUGAGCUGGCCCGGCUGAACAACCGGCCGCUGUCCUCCUCCUCCAUCUGCUCCACCUCCUCCAGUUCCAGCUCGGGAUCGGAUCAACUGCUCAACGGCAAGCUGACGGCCACUUCCUACCUGGCCAGCGUGGAGAGCCUGGCGGAGAGUGAGAACGAGCUGGGUGACGCACAUCAUCCGCCGGCGAUGAGUGUCCUGGAGAAGACCUGCCUGGAGAUCGUGGACUCGGAGCGAAGCUUCGUCGAGGAUCUGGGACAGGUGAUCAAGGGGUACCUGCUCGACUGGAAGGAGCGCGCCUGUCUGCGCGUGGACGAAUUGCAAAUACUCUUCGCCAACAUUGAAGAGAUUUACGAAUUCAACUCGAUGCUCCUGCAGCGGCUAAUCAACACGGGAAGGGAUCCCGGGAGGAUCGCCAGGUGCUUCAUCGACCUGCGCGAGGGCUUUGAUGUGUACACAACCUACUGCACAAGCUACCCGGAAGCCAUCUCGCUGCUGACCAAGUUGCUGCAGGCCACGCACACGAACUCCUUGCUGGCCUCCACGCAGAAGCUCCUCCAGCACCGCCUGCCCCUGGGAUCCUAUCUCCUGAAGCCGGUGCAGCGGAUCCUCAAGUACCAUCUGCUUCUCGACAGUCUGCGCAAGCACUGCGAUGUGAAGGAGGUGGCCGAGGCCCAUGUGAUCAUGCGCCAGGUGGCGCACAACAUCGACCAGGUGAAGCGCAAGCAGGAGCAGCAGAGUCGCGUCAAGGAGCUGUCCGGCAUUCUGGACGGCUGGCUGGGACCAGAGCUCACUGUCCUGGGUGAACUGCGUCAGGAGGGACUGCUGAUGGAGCAGCACAACAAGCAGCGCCUGGUGCUCCUCUUCGCCACCAUGCUGAUCAUCACCAAGCAGAAGGAGGACGGCCGCCUGCAGUUCAAGACCUACAUUUCGCAAAACAAUCUGAUGCUCAGCGAACACUUGCCCGGGGAGCCGACCAGCUUCUAUGUCAUCCCCUUCGACGAGCCGCGCCACCAGAUCAAGCUGACGGCCCGGAAUCGUGACCAGAAGCGCAUCUGGACGCAGCACAUCAAAGGUGUCAUGCUGGAGAAGCUGGACAUUCCGAUGCGCGCCAAGGAGCUGGUCUACCAGCUGGGCAACGAGGAAGAUCGGACGCCAGAUCGCAGUACUUGGAAAUGGAGCCUGCACUCGGGAAGUAACUCCACUCCCACAUACUUGGAGCGAAGGAAUGCCUGUCGGAGGAGUGAGAUUCGCCAGCGGAACUCCAAGUUCAAGCGGAAGACGGUGGCCAACUCCAGCUCCUUCGAUAGCUUCAACGAGUCCCUGGAGCAGGAGGAGGAGCAGGUGGCUGGCCAGGUGAAGCCCUCGAAGCCUCUGGCCAGAAACAAUAGCCUAGACGAUACUGCUCUGCAGAAACUGGCUGCUGCCAUGAGAUAUCGCAAGCGGGAUGCUGGGGGAAAGGAGGAGACCAAGACUCCGGUGAAGGAGCCUUGUAAGUGCGGCCAGGAUGCCAAGCAGGAGGAUCAGCAGGAGGCGUGCACCUGCAUCCUGCGGGAUCAAAGGAGUCGCAGUGCCAAGUCGCAUUCCCCCGUCUUCAGCUACAAGGCUCUCAAGGAGCGCAGCAAGUCGGUGCCGCGGAUUGGAGGCUUCAGUCUGGAGGAGGAGGCCGAAAGGGAGCGGGAACAGGACGAGGACAGCGCCGCCUCCUUGAGGGGCAGUAAGCCCGAUCUCAGCGAGCGCAAGACCAAGGGCAAGGGCUUCUUCGAGGUCAAGCAGUACAACCACAAGACGAUUCCCAAGAAGAUAGCCACCUUGAAGAAGCAGCGAGUUAGCAACACCAAGAGCUGCUCCAGGUUCUACAUGGAUCUCAGCGAGUUCGAUAGCAGCAGUACGACUGUGCUCAAGAUAACCGAAUCCACGGAGGAACUGCGUCCGGAUGGGGAGAUCGAACUGGCACAAGAGGCCUCCACGCUGGACGAGUCUUCAGCGGAUCAGUAUUACAGCCAGGAACAACAGACAGAUCUACUGUCUCCGGCGGAGAAGUCCAAGCGGGAUGCUCAAAUAGUGUUGGAUUUGCUCAAGAACACCAAGGAGUUCGAGAGGAUCUACAACAAGCAGCAGAAGAGACGCGAAAGUCCUGUGAGUCCAGUUAGUCCCGACAUAAGUCGUGGACCCAUCUUGCCGCCGCCACGCCCUCCCUCGAGAUCUCCUCCGCCUCUGGAAGUGGAGGAAGAGAAGAAGAAACGCAGGGAGGAGGUUGAUUCGGUGGGUGAGGAACCCAUUUACGAAACCCUGCUGCGCAAUGUGCAUGUACCUUACAAAUUCUCACCCGUAAUGGGACGUGCCAAGUCCUCGCAAAUGCUGAAGAAGCGAUCCAAGACUGCUCCAGCAGCUCCACGUCCAGAAUCUGACUAUGUGACCCUGGUCUACUCGCCCGAAGGAGUGCUGCAACGUGUGGGCGAGGAGGCAGUCCAGCGGGACAGCUGCAGCUCCUCCUCCACUUCGACCUCCUCAACGGGAUCGGGGUCCACCCUGAAAAGGGACAGCCAGAGCACGGUGAUCAAUCUAUCGAUGGAGGCGGUGCAGGAGCACGGAUCACGUCACCUGCCCAAGAACUCCGUUUCGGGAUCAGAGAGCUCGCUGCUUCCUCGGGCCUUGAAGUCCAUCGACAACCUGAGCCUGGCCUUUGGGCGCUCCAAUCGACCGCCGGAGCGUCGAGUCUCCGAUGUGAGCGAGAUGUGCCGCCAGAGCGUUUUGCAUCGCCAGGGCAGCGAGGCGGUGGGUGAGCGCAUGGCCCAUGUGGACUAUGCCGAUCCCAAGACCUUGUUUGGAUUGGGGGUCCUCAAUCACUCGGAGCGGGACUCGGUCCUCUCGCUGACCUCCUCCUCCAGCGACAGCAUGUGCGAGCAGCAGCGCAAGAAAUCAGGCGUGGAUCCUUCGUCCGCCACCUUUGAGUACGAGCAGCAAGUGGAGGACAGUCUGGAGAAUGACUUCCGGGACUCGGCCAUCUACAGUGACGACAACGAGAAGCGUUCGGGGGAGUACGACGUCCAUUUGCGCCGGCCCAGCAGUCCGCCUCCGCCGCCUCCUCUGGGACCACGUCCUCAUCAGCCACCCCAGAUUGCCCCAAAGCCCUCCAAGGAUCAGCUCAUCCAGCAGAGGUCGGGCGUCAUCGUCUGCCAGUCGGCCUCCCGGAGUUGGGUCCUUCAGCAGAUCGAGAACUUCAACAAGUAGGGUCUUCAUGAUCCCUAUGGGACGAGCCGUUGUAAACGACCCAUUGCCAUAAACACAAUUCCUUUGUAAUUUCUACAUGUACAUAGUUACAAGUGUUCAAUACACACUUUGUAUGCAAUGCUAAUCUUAGAUACCGUUAGUCGACUGUUUUAUAUUUAGAGCUUAGUUGCUUAACCGCAGAGUCAUUUAAUAAAGUUCGUAAUCACUUUGA